CCGACCAGCGUCCUUAUUGCCGUGGCGACCCGGCGCAAGCCAAGGUCAUUGUACAGACUGACGACCGUACGUGGUGUUGCAUUCAGCCGACUUUUGCAUUUCUCUCUGCACAUCGCUUCAUCCGGUCCCCCUGACCAUGCUUCUUUCAGCCCUCGGUACUCAGGCCCGUCUGCAUGCUUGGCGGGACAGUGGCCAGCAACGGAAGCCUACCGGCCGCCUUUCCCCAGCCUCGUCUGCUCGCGAUUUCCCAUGGCCGUGCGCCCCUCGGCUACCCCAUUCCCAUCCAAGAGCCUCGGUGGGGUUACCUUUUUAAAGGGUUUUCCGUCAUUCUAG